CGAUCAAUCAUUGUCUGUCACGUGUGCAGUUUUCUUCAUAGAGACCAUUUCGCAUUCUUUUCUCAUCUAAUUCCACUCACUUUCAAUAUUUCAAAUGCAUCUGGGAUUUAUUUUUCCCUAUGCUGGCCGAUCAUUUAUAGCGGGAUUAAAGUCUGCAUGCGAAGUACUUAUACUUCGUGUACCAAGAGACACUCUGAUUGUACGCCUGGAAAGCAUUUCAGAUAGAUUAUCUAUCGGCCCUGUACAUAAAGAAUUUUCGCUAAUGAAAACUUGAAUUACAAAUCAAUACUGAGACGUUUUUUUUCCAUUAGGGAACUGAUCACAGAAAAAGUAGUUCAACCUCCCAAUUAGAUAAAUCAUGAUCCGAAAAAUUACUUAGUUAAAUAUGUUCAGCACCAAAAAAUAUAUACACCAUUAUUUUUUCUUAUAGGUUAUUCACAAGUUUAUUGUUAUCCUUGCCCAUUCUAACAAUUGAACCAUUUAGCCUGGAGGUUUUUUUGUGAUUAUUGCUUUGAAUUUUUACAAAAGACCGCUUCACAGUAUUAUUUUUCAAUAAAACUAAUGCCAGUAUUAUUUCAGAUUGCGCCGAAACUCUUAUAAAUGUGUCCUAAACUGGCUAAAUUUUCCCUGGCAUCUAUUGCAUGCUUGGCAAGUUCCUGGAACCCCCUGCAAUGAUAGGAUGCGCCAAGACGCCCUUUAUAAAAUCCUUCUCUUUUUCUCGCUAGUGAUGCAUUUAACUUGCCCAGCAGUACCCGUCCUACAAUCUACCCUACCGCUACCAUGCCUUGUUACCCCCUCUUCACACGGAUGAUUUUUAGUUUAUCUUCUUAGCAACACUCAAUCAGAAUCGGAGAAAUUCUGCAGCCUAAAAUUUAGUUUCCUGCUAAUUGUUUACGUAGUUUUAUCACAUUUAACCAUUGCAAACAGUAGUUGCCGUAAAUCUGUUUAAAAUCGACUCAUUCUCACUUAUUUGGAAACAAGUUUUUACAAAAAAAAGAGUCAUUUCUGAAGAUAUGUUUCCUUUCCUUGAUACUGUUUCUGAAAGCCGUUUUGUUAGUUUAGCAAUUUUAAUAAUUCUGACAACUUCAAUUAGUACUAUUGUGACGACGGAAGAUUUAAAUACAAUGGUUGAUGAACAGAGAAAUGAGAAAUCAUCUGAAGAACGGGUUCUGACGCGUUUGUUUCACGAUGCAGUUGUCAAUAUGGACGGCGACCACAAUAGGUGCUUGCAGGGAUUUCAGAAGUUCACAAGAAUCCUUGAAAAGCAGUUCUCUCGCCCAUCUCUCAGACAGAUAACCUUAUUAGUGUUUCUGUUUCCCCCCGAAUCGGAGGUUUUCGCGCAGCAUCGGAUCUCUGAGGACCAGAAAACUCCAGACUUCGGACUUCAGAGGGAACAGGAUAGAGAUUCUGAUCGAAAACAGCAAUCUGAAUCUGAUAUCAACUCUGCAAUCUCAAACAGCAUAACAUAUCUGCCUGUCAUCUUGCUAGAAUCAAGGACAAUAAGUGCCAAACAACCAACUCUAAACCAAUCCAAAUCAUCACACUGUCCACGAAACCAAUUGAAGUUCUCCGUUCGAAUGGCCGACGAUUCUGACUGUUCCCUGAAAGUCUUUGACUUUGGGACUAGUCUCCCAGCCGGUGUUCAGCUGGAACAUUACUUAAGUGACACGUUUGGAAGAUUGACACUAAAUGAGAAACUCGGAAUGUAA